AUGCCUACACAAUACGGCAGUGGUGGAGGGAGCUCUUUCAUAAGUGGUCACAAAGGGUGCAUUGCUGUCUUGAAAAAUUUUUCAGAUAAAGAAAUUGAAUUUUCACAAGCUGAAGAUCCUUCAAUCCAUUACAGUGGCCACCAAUUCUAUAGGACUGUAAUGAUAGAUGGAAUGCAUGAGAUGCCAAAUCCGACAGGUGGAACUGAAACUGGUCAUCUUGGAGACGGAUUCAUUAGAAUUACUAACUUGCAGAUAUUCCAAUGCCCAUCAUUUCAAUUUCAAUACACACAUCUGUAUUUUUCACUUUUAAUGCCAUUCAUUUUGAUCCAAUAA